AUGUCCAGCGAACGAGUCUUGGUCACCGGCGCGUCGGGCUACCUUGGCUCGCAUAUCGUCCAAACCCUCUUAAAUUCAGGAUACAACAUCCGGGCCACAGCUCGCCCCUCCAAAGUUGCCAACCUACAAGCUUCCUACACCGACGUGUACAACACGGAAGACUCACAAAGAGUCCAAGUAGCACCGAUAUCUGACUUGGUGCACGGCGAAUUCCCCGAGAUCUUCGAGGGAAUUGACGCUCUUAUCCAUGUUGCGUCUCCUCUGGCGGGUCGCGAAGACCCUGAUUCGACGAUUAAAACUGCUGUGGAAGGCACACUCAACAUGUUACGACAAGCGGAGAAGGCAGGCAUCAGUAGAAUAGUGGUCACCAGUUCCAUCGCUACCGUCAUGAACAAAGUAGCAGAGACCAGCGAUGCUACUAUCAAGGAUUCGGAUUGGAGCUCAGCUCUCAAGGAGGAUGUAAUCAAAACAGGAAACCCACUCCUCAUAUACUGCUUCGCGAAGACAGCUGCCGAGAAGGCAGUUUGGGAGUUCGCAGAUGCUCAUCCUCAUGUUGACAUCACUACAAUUAACCCGCCAUUCCUCUACGGACCAUUUGCUCCCACACAGAAAUUCCCGACAUUCGAUCCCUCUGCUCUAUCUACCGUCCUUUUAAUCCACCAAAUUAUUACACCGGACGGCCCCUUCCCCCCUAAUGCUGAUCACACGGAUGUCCGCGACGCAGCCAAAGCCCACGUCCUCGCUUUGAAGGCUCCUCCUUCAUCUCUUGUCGGGCGCAAACGCAUCUUCAUCGCUUCUCCACACAGUCUCGACUUCGCUACCAUCACACACUUCAUCGCAGAAAAGCGACCAGCUUUGAAGGAUAGAUUGACACAGACAACCCCGCCAACGAUGAUGAGGGACCGGGCCCCUGUUGACUUCGCUCGGAUCGAACAGGUUCUUGGCUUGAAGAAGGCUGAUUUUCAUGAUGUGGAAGAUACAAUCCUGGAGACAAUUGAUCAAUUGGUGGGGCUUGAGGCUAUAUGGAAGUCUGCGACAUGA